UGAAGCACAUGCGGUGGACCUGCACAAGCCUGGGGUGGCCCAGGCGCUGCCUUUCGCCUCUCCAGCAACACGUUUCUGGAGCCUGACAGUAGCAAGCCGGCAAGAAAGGACAAUCCACCGAACCUGAGCUCCUGCUCCUCCCUUUUACAAGUGCGUCUGUGGGUCUGCCUCUUCUUUUUUUGGUCCCCAGGAGGGCGGCCCUGCCAAGGACAAGACACGAUGUUCAGCCCAAGGUCAAGGUGGGGCAACCAGCUGCUGUUCCUCGGCAUCAUGAUCCUCGUGGUCUCGGCCUUCUGCCUGCUGUUCUACGCUCUCAUCUUGGAGGCUGGCAACCUCAUCGACUUGCCCAACCUGCGGAUCGGCUUCUUCAACUUCUGCCUGUGGAACGAGACGGCCGGCUCCCUGCGGUGCUACGCGUCCCCCGAGCUGGCGGCCCUGGGCGUGCCCUGGGCCGGGCUGGCCCUGGCCAGGGUCUGCGUGUACGCUGCCCCGGUCUUCACCCUCUUCGUCUCCCAGACCCUGCUGCUGGCCCGCUGCAACAGUAACCAGGGCGAGUGGCAGCUGGCCGUGUGCUUCCUGGUGGCGGCCUCCACCCUGCUAGCCGGCGGCCUGGGCCUCUUCCUCACCUCCGCCUGGAAGUGGGUCAGCCUGACCCUCCUGGGGCCCGGCUGUCUAGCUCUGGGCCUUGCCCAGGCCUUACUCAUCCUCUUGCUUAUGGCCACAGUUGGGUUCCCUCAGAAGGGAGAGGGCACUGGGCUGAGCAAGCUUGAGAGCUGCUAGUCCUGCCCAAAGGCUCACGUGCUUGAUUGCAAGGGCUCAGUCUGAACGAUGCUCAGAGAAGGUGCCAGAGGACUCGUGGGUUGGUCCGUUUUCUCAGCCACGCUGUCUCAUAGCUAAUGCUCACCUCAAGCUCUAGCAGGCCCCAGCGAGGAGGGGCACCGGAGUCAAGAGGCCGGGGCAGCUGGGGCAGCCAGACCUGAGGCCUGGUAGUGCCGGGCUGUCUGUCCUUCAGGACUACUAACACCAUGCAGCAUGCUGUCACGAGAAUUCUUGCCUUGAUUAUUAACCGGUUCAAGUAAGCGAUUCUUACUUGAUUCUCAGGAUGGUGGGACGAGAAGGGUUCCUGUCACGGGGCCAGAUUUCCAGGCUGAUCUGCCACAGGCCAAAAAGAGACCCAGGGGAGGUUUGUGGCAACAAACACGGCACAGGGAGACUGAGAAAGCACCGCAGGGUCCUUGGGGGCCUGCUUAGCAAGCUCCCCCCUCCCCCGCCCCGUGACACCACUCCCAAAGGCUCAGGAGGGAUCUGAGGGAGUCUCUGCAAACAGCACA